GAGAGGGUCAUUUUGGAAGGUAUGCAAAGAUUUAUGGUGUUGACACAGUUUGGAGAGCUGAUUACACUUGGUGUUUUAUAAGACUCUGUUUGUGUACGAGCUAAGACGUUAUAUUGCAUGUGAGCACAAGUUCCAUAAUAUCCGUGGAGCAUUUGGGAUGAAAAAAGAUGAGUCGAGGAGGGAAGUAAAGGAUCUGAUGUCACUUUUUUAUUUGGCACGCAUAUUAUUACUCUCCAUAAGGAUUGUGAUCACACUGAAGGUCCUAGCUCAGCGCAGAUUUCCUGGCAGUAUGCAGUGAGCCAUAACAUGAGCACACAACAGAAGAGGUGACCUAACUCAAGGCAGCUGUGAAAAAAGAGCUGAUAGAGAACAACAAAGAGUUUUUUUUACCUAAAGAGUUUAUUAAAUGCUUGUCUUACUCCUAUUCACAGGUUGAACGUCAUUAUGAAGCCAUUAGCCUUCGACAAAUUGUAUCUUCUGCUGCUGGUAAUCAUAUUCCUUAUCAGUUUCCAGUGGUACUGGAGCUUACAUCAAGAUUUGGUUCCUCCUUUCCCUUCAAACUGUUAUGUGCCAAUCCAAACUGAGAUCACUUUCCCAGGAAUAAAAGGGUUAACGCUUCGUGCUAUGAAAUCUGAGCUACAAUUAAGAAUAGAUGCAAUCUUUGCCAAAAUCCAAAAUCUCAUCCCCAAUGUCACAUUUAGCAACUUUAACAGAAGCACAAGUGGGAGACACAGUAGAGCUUUCAUAGUAAAUCCCAGGAGACAAUAUUGUGUUGGAGAGGACUUUGUGGUACAGUUCGACAUGUACGAUCACCAAGGCAACAGGAAGACCUACGGAGGAGACUUCAUUAGGUCAAGGCUGAUUUCUAAAGACCUUGGAGCUUCUGUGUCUGGAACAGUGAAAGACUUCAGCAAUGGGUCAUACCAAGUUAUAUUUCCUUUAUACUGGGUAGGCGAAGCAAAAGUCUCGACUCUGUUGUGGCACCCCAGCGAAGGCAUUGCAGCUCUCUGGCGAGCGAGACAUUCCAGUCAGGGAUUUCUUGGUUUUCAAGGGAAAUUUGAGAUGAAUGGUACAAAAAUGGCCACAACGUGUGGUUUACUGCUUGACAAGGAAGAAGGGAAGGAGAUCUGUGCGUAUGAGGACACUGACUACGAGGAGGCCUACUAUUGUUUUAAAGUUCCAAAAUUUACUUGUGAAAGUCUGACUGAGAUGAGGGGUUUUAUCCUUCCGGUGUCGUAUCUCACUCCUGAGGAAGUACUCCUAUUUCAAAGGUCAAACAUUGCUGUGGAAAUCCCUAUCAACUUUGCGCCCAUAACAGUUGCUAUGUGCAGCAACACUGCAUUAAACCCAAAGCCGAAAUGUCAGACAGGAAUGAGCUCUCCUUUCCCCAGCGGAUACUUUUUCAAAAAUACCUGGAACCCUGUUUACUGCAACAUGACGGAUUAUAAAACCGCAGAGAACUUCACUACGUGUCUGCAGGGGAAGAAACUCUUUCUCAUUGGAGACUCCACGUUACGCCAGUUUAUCAUGCACUUCACUGCGGGCAUCAACCUUGUGAAUUAUUUCCGUUUCAAUGAAAAAGAUUGGUCUGGUUGGGAAAAGACUCUGCUUGCUAUGAACAUGGAGAAGGACCUCUAUAUAUCCUACAGGAGACAUGGGUUCCCUUUGGAACAUGUUGCCUAUUACAACUUCAAGGAUGACAUGUAUAUGAGUCGGCAGAUUGAUCAGAUCGUUGGGGGAAAGGACACUAUCAUCGUCAUUACAUUUGGACAGCAUUUCAGGCAUUUCCCCCUUAAACUCUUCAUUAGACGGGCACUCAACAUCCGUAGAGCUACGGAACGACUGUUCCUCAGGAGUCCCGACACCAAAGUCAUCAUCAAGUCAGAGAACACCAGGCAAACAGAUUCCGCGGUGGAAAGACAAUCGGACUUCCAUGGAUACACUCAGUAUUUAGUGUUAAGGGACGUUUUCCAAGGGCUCAACGUUGGUUUUGUGGACGCUUGGGACAUGACGGUGGCUUCAGGCACAGCAAAUGUUCAUCCUGUGGGUUAUACAUUAACAAGUAUUAUGAGCCUGACAUUUACUUUUGCAUGUUAAUAAAGCAAUAAGGAAGGAAGGCAAAUGUU